GACAUGGAUGAAGAGGGAUUUCAGCCGAACAGCGCUGCGUGUAAAAUCAUGACUGUUAACAAUCCCGAUAGUUGUAGUGAAAGUAGAAUCCAUGUGACACGAUGUAGUGAUCAGAGUGAGCGGGAAGCUGAGGCAAACCGCUGCGCUGGACAAAAACAAGUGUGUGAGUUUUCCGCUGUUGCUAAUGACGGAUCUAACAGUAAUACUGCCUCUGCUCACCUCCCUGCUUCUUCUAAUGCUGGAAUGAACGAUCAGAUUCACCAUCAUGCAGCGGAUAUCAGACCAGAAGCACUGGACGGUGUGGAAACACAGGAUAGCACUGUAGCAGCACACAACCAACACCAAACUGAUAUGGUCGGGUCGUGGCAGUCUGAUUGUGGGCAGGUGUCAGUACAGCAGCCUGUCUGCGAUAAUGACCAUGAGGAGCUUGAGAGGAAAGCCAGAGAGGAGGGUCGUGUAGACGUGGUGUUUCCCGGCAGCGUGAUGCAGGAUGGCUGCUGCAGAUUUGUUUGUGAGCUCCUUAAAUGCAUACUCUAUCAAAGACAACAGCUUCCUAUGACCUACGACCAAAUGGUGUUCUUCCAGAAACAGCAGUACGCAUCCAAACAGCCAGAAGAGGCAGCAGUCAGAAAACCCACCAAGACAACAGGAGACUCGAAUUGGCAGAGGUGUCAGCGCACACUGCGAGAAGUGGAUGAAGUGCUGAGCAACCUGGAGGCUUUUUUUUCCCUCAGCUACGUUCCCAGAGUGCUGUUCAUCCUGGGUGGUUCUAUCGUUCUUCCCACUGAGUUAUACGAGAUCAACAUGGAGGCUUUGGAAGUAGGAGGAGGUGACAAGAAUUUGAGGACUUCUGUGUGUUUGAGGCAACUCUUCCGCACCCUCUUUGUAGCAGAUUUGCUUUCUGAUGUCAAACCGGUCCGCCUUAUGGCAACCACAGUCAUGGCUUUCGGGCAUCGGGACUGUAGUGUGGAAUGGUUCAAGCCGAAAGUUGACUUCCGAGUUCCCACAAGGGUGAAAAGGCAGGUGAUAACAUUAGCCAGCCAUGCUUCUGUAAGUAGCCCAGAAAGUGGGCACACCAGAGACUGGGAGGAUUAUAUAUGGUUUCAAGCACCUGUGACUAUUAAGGGUUUCUGUAAAUGACAUUAGCGCUCAGGGAUUUUAGGGAUUUAUUAAUUACACCAAAAUUCAUAUUUAGGGAUGCAUAUCUCAAACAAUGAGUCAGUUUUGUAGGUUUCAUUACUUUUUUAAUGAAAUGUCAUUAAUUCACCUCAGAUAAUUGCUAAGCAGUUAUUAUUAUUGUGGGUAUGUGUGUAUGUGUUUCUACUUCAUUUUAGUUACAUUUUAUUAAGAUCAAUGUAUGUCUUUAUUGCAACAAAAAUGCAAUUUCAACGGGUUCCUUAUCUCUCCAUUGAAGAAUUAUGUGUAAGACUUGUGUAAGUCUAAAUUAUUUUAAUACAGAUGUUUGAAUUUUUAAACCUCUUUUAUACAUGGUCUUUGCCUUCAUUAAAAUUUGUUUCAUGACAA